UUGGUGCAGUCCGGCCCGGAACAACAUGGCUGUGGUCUUUCGGCCCUUGGAACGGCUGCGGGCGCCCCGUCCUUCGUUGAGUCCCGGGGCGACGGGCUCGGGCUCCGCCUGCUUCCGCCGCGCUCUCGGAGCUAAAAGAUACCUACUCACAGAUAGCGUUGUGAAACUAAGGGAAUUUCAACAUAAGAAGGUGGCUGUUGCGUAUAACCUUCCUGGCACCAAAGAAAUCUAUUUCAGAAACUUGGAAGAGAAGUUGACCCAGAACAAACUCAUUUUGAAGGAAGAGUUGAAAACCUUGCUUCACCUGUGUCAGUCCCGGGAGGAUGUAGAACUGGCGAAGGCUGUCAUUUACAGGUACCAUGCAGAAAACAGAAAUCUCACUUUGGGGGAAUAUAAGUUUGGGCCCCUUUUCAUGAGGCUGUGCUAUGAGAUGGACCUGGAAGACUCUGCUGCAGAGCUCAUCAAAGACAAGCAUUUACGAGGUUUCUUCCUAGACUCAACAUCAUUCAAUAUUUUGAUGGAUAUAUUAUUUACCAAAGGCAAAUAUGAAAGUGCACUGGAAGUGUUGAUUGAAAUGAAAAACCAGGAAGUAAGGUUCAGCAAAGACACUUACAUCCUUGCUUUUGCAAUUUGCUACAAACUGAAUAGCCCGGAAUCUUUUAAGAUUUGUACUACUUUAAGAGAAGAAGCCCUAAUUAAGGGAGACAUUAUCUCCAGGAGAGCAUCCUGUUUUGCAGUGGCAUUAGCUCUCAAUCAGAACGACGUGGAAAAAGCUAUGUCCAUUUUCUCUCAAAUCAUGAAUCCAGAAAGUAUAGCCUGUACUAACUUAAAUAUGUUAAUCCAUGUCCAGUCAAAUAUGAUGGAAAGCCUGAUAAAGAUCUUACAGGACACUCUUGACAGAAAUUUAUCGAAAUUUGUGAAAAGACACAUGUUCUCAGAGGAAGUGCUGACCAAAGUGAGGGCAAAACUGAAGGACAACCCCACCCUCACAGCCAAAUUUGAUGAGAUGUACGGGAAGCUGCACAUAAAUGGCCAAGUCACCACUUACACUUUGGAUGCUCUGCUCUGCCAUGUCCCCCGGGAUAAGAAAUCCAACGUGUUGCUGUUAAAGAAGAGAACAAUCAGCCAACGGACCUUACAACCUCUCAACCAGGCCCUACUGACUGAGUAACUCUUUCAACCUCCUGUUCUGGAAGAGCUGCUUCAAGGCGCCCACUUCGAGUGAAUUACUGGCUUCUCCAAGAUGCCAGGCAUUUUACUUCAGUGGCACUCUGCCUGUGUUUGUUGUCAGCAUGUCUCCCCUGAGUGGUGACAUGCUGACCAGAAGAGCUAGCUCAAGCAGGGGAAGCAUUACAGAAAGGCAGCUGCCCCUAGGUCAGGUGCCCCAGGGUCAGGGCCACAGCCUGUAACUCAACCCAGCACAGACCUGUAGAAGGAAUUCCCCCAGGUCUGACCAACCUUGACUGACCUUUCACAGGAGAGAUGCCUUGCAAGUGACGUCCUCGCUGAGUUCAGAUCUCUACCAUGUUGGAAAAUAGCCAACGCCUUGUCUCAUCUCUGCCAUCGUUUUUCCAUCCGCAAAAUAAUGCUGCCUGUGUGUGCUUAGAUGAUUUGACAUUUCCAUUCAAGGUUCAGUAAAGUUAAUGUUUCUCUAAAAUAAGAAAUAAAAGGUACUUGUGCAGACUUGA